UAUUUGAGCAACCGUUUUGGACCGCUCUUCCCACCCACUAUGCACAGUUUGUAACGUCACUUUGACGUCCAUUUUUGACAGCAUGCUUUGUCUCAUUUAUGCACGCAUGCGAAAGCGAGACCAACGGUACAAAAUUACGGGAGAAGCUCGCUCGCAAGCUGUCAAAGAAGUUAAACGAGAGAAGGAAAAAAGUGCGUACAGUUGAAGCAGGAAACACUUUCCGUGUUCGUCCUAAAAUUCAUUGCUAGACGAUUGUUGUGCAGAAGCGAAGAAAACAAUCUUCAUCGCCAGCGAGAUAACUGCAUCAGUAUUAUUAUCUCGUCGUGUGUUUCGUCUUGCAUCUGGCCGUUUUGCAUACUGGAUGCACAUACAUUUCGGCAAGGCAGACACACGGAACAGGCGAGACGCGAGCAGCCAGAAAACAUACCACACCAAGCCCACCGAGAACCGAUCGAUUUCGAUUGCGCACUUUUUCACGUCCCACAGCAAACUCCAUCACAAUGACCGACAUUGUAAAGCUCGCAGGAGACCACAUCCUGAUAUACGAGGGUUACUAUAAACAGCUUGAUCCAAAAGAAACGAACGAAAUCGGUGCGCUUGCUGCAGCAAAAUUCCUCAAGAAAUCCGGCCUCAGUGAUGUCGUCCUCAGUCGCAUAUGGGAUUUAUCAGAUCCAACCGGAAAAGGCUACCUGACGAAGGAAGGAUUUUUCGUCUCACUCAAGCUGAUCGGUUUGGCACAGGAAGGUUCAGACAUUAGUCUCAAAAACAUCAACCAUGUUCUAUCGAAACCACCAAAGGUGGGUGAUCUACCAAAACCUCCAGCACAGGUAAAAUUGCUUCCAGCCGAAAGUACAGACUGGUCGAUGAAACCGGAAAAGCGACAACAGUACGAGCAACUGUUCGAUUCCCUCGGUCCCAUGAACGGAUUACUCCCGGGAGCGAAGGUCCGUGUGACGUUGAUGAACUCGAAGCUGCCGCUCGACACACUCGGCCGCAUCUGGGAUCUGGCGGAUCAGGAUCGGGACGGAAGCCUCGACAAACAUGAAUUCUGCGUGGCCAUGCAUCUGGUGUACGAAGCGCUGGAUAAGCGUGCCAUCCCGGCCAUAUUGCCACCUCAGUUACAGCGUAACUAUGGCACACAAACCGCACAGAAUGGUGCCGGUGGGUUCGAUGCGUUUGGCAGUGGUGCCGCAGACGGUGGUGGUUUUGUGGCAAACUUCCCGACCGACAUUGCACCGCCACCGGUCGUACCACCGCUGCCGGCUGCACUCACACGACCACCACCAAUGGCUGGAAACGCUCCUAUCAUUCCGCCCGUACCGAUGGUACCACUCGUUUCCGCAUCUGCGCCGAUUGAGGUGACCAGCUGGGUUGUGUCACCGCUUGAGCGUUGCAAGUACGAGGAGAUCUUCAACAAGAGUGACACCGAUCGGGAUGGUCUCGUGUCGGGUCUGGAAAUAAAGGAUGUCUUUCUGCAGUCGGGUGUGGCGCAGAACUUGCUCGCACACAUAUGGGCAUUGUGUGAUACGAACCAGUCGGGCAAGCUGAAGCUAGAAGAGUUCUGUCUAGCCAUGUGGUUCGUUGAUCGAGCCAAAAAGGGUAUCGAUCCGCCUCAGGCAUUGGCCCCGAACAUGGUACCGCCCAGUUUGCGGAAGAGUUCACUCAUCCAAGCGCAGGAACCACCUCAACCAACCUACAGCAAUCCGGAGUUGGAAAUGAUCUCCAAAGAAAUAGACGAGCUUGCAAAGGAGCGCCGUUUGCUGGAGCAAGAAGUUGCCCAGAAGGAGGCUGACGUGCGAAUUAAGAGCGGUGAAUUGCGCAGCCUGCAAAGCGAAUUGGACACGCUAACAGCAACGUUAAAGCAGCUGGAAAACCAAAAAGGUGAAGCACAGAAGCGUUUGGAUGACCUUAAGAAUCAGCAAGUAGAUGUAGAUCAAGCCUUGCUAGCGGUAGCGUGCAACAUUGACGAUGCUCGUCAACAGGUGAACAAAAUUCGCGAACAGUGCCAGAAGCAGGAAGCAACGCUCAAGGAGCAAGAAGGUGAGCUGGACUCGCGCCGUUCCGAGCUGCAGAAGCUGAGGGAUGAGGAGCAAUCGCUCGAGAAGGAGUACAACACCAGCACCAAAGAGGUCGACCGGUUGACAUCGCAGCUGCAGGACACGCAGCUAGAGAUCAGUCAGGUGAAGGCCAUGGUUACUCAAAUACAAGAGUACCAGCGUCAAAUGACGGACGCACUUUCGAUGUUCCGUUCGGCGAUCGAAUCGAACGAUCCGAUACUGGUGUCCGACUAUUCGCUCAAGAUUGAGCCGGAGUUCCGCGAAGCGAAACAGGCUCUGGAAGAGAAGGAGGUUGAGAACGCUAACAAGCGCGAUCCGUUCGGCGAUAACAGAGCGAACGGGUUCAGUGCCGGCGAGACGGAAACGGGCUUCGGGGAUGAUUUCAAGUCGAACGGUUUCACCACACAGUUCGAUGUCGGUUCGAAUGGAGGAUUUCACGGAACGGGCGGUGGAUUCGGGGACGACGGGUUUGGUGCGUUCGGUGCAAAAACAAAUGCUAGCAGCGGUGCAGAUCCGUUUGCAUCCGCUGGUGCCGAUCCGUUCGGUGAACGGAAAGGUAGUGCAGCAGAGCCCGCCAAAGAUGAGUUCGGAUGCGAUCCGUUUGCUAUACUGCAUGCUCCGACCACUGCCGGUCAAGCUCUGACACCUAGUCCCAGCAAAUCCGUUGCACCACCGCGUCCAGAAUCGCCUAGCCCAGCCCUGCCACCGAAGAAAGCUAAGCAGCCACCACCGCGACCGGCACCGCCACGACCAAUGCAGGGCCCUACGCCUACCAAACCUGCACCACCGGCGUCGGAUGCAUUCGGUGAUAGUAGCGGCGGUGGCAGCUUUGCCAAUUUUGCCGACUUCGACAAUAAGUGAAUAUCAUCCGAUAAUAGUACUAAAGAGACUAACAAAUAACCAAAAACUGAAGUGGAAGACGAACAUAAACGAAACAAAAAAGACCCGUAGUGUACCAUCCGCGUAUAUCGUCUAAAAUACUCGAAUCCGUUGCACGAACGCGCUCCAUCCAAUGCACGAACAUCUUACAGCAAACUGCAAAAAGAAAGCCACAUUGCAAUUAGUCUAUUUAUGCGAUGCUUAACGAAAGCUACUAACCUUUUCACUGUUGCAAGCAGCAGAGCAGUGUUCAUGCGUGUGGUUAAAAAACAUACCAGUUAAAGGAACAAAAAACAAACACCCCAAGAUGUUCUAUAUUUUGUGUUUAACUAAUAUGUUAAUCGACCUUCCUAAUAAUAUCGUACCGGCAUCGCGUGCGAUGUACAUAGAGAUAGAGAGUUUUAAUAUUGUGCAUCGAAUCAAAUCGCACCGCACUGUCGUUCCGUAACGUGCAAAUUGUGCUGAAAUUUAAAUUAAACAAAAAAAAUUACUUCAUCCAAGUACUAAUUUCCUUCCCGUGUGGAGGACGUUUGCAUAGUGCUAGUACUGAAUUCUAUGAACUUUAUCGCUAAAACUAUCAAAACUAUGUACCGUAUGACGAUGAUGGUGGUGUGUAUAUUCUAUUCGUAUUGUUUUGCUGUUUAUUGUUAAACUUUAAUCAAAAAAGUGACUAAUCAUGGAUUUAGUAAAAAAUGACCACUAUUUAAACUAGCGACGAUCGAUCGUAGAUGAAAGUAAAUGAAGCAUUAUGGAUAGAUAUACAAGCAUUAUAUUUACCACGGAUCGUGGCGAUUAGAUGUAACGUUAAAGAAAUUCUCUUGGCAUAUACCAACUGUAGCUUACAUAGAAGGUAAACAUUCCCAGGACGCUUUCACUGAAUGUUUUUAUUAAUUUUAUUUUGUUUAUAUUAAACCAUAAAUGAAUGCCUUAGCAGCGCAUUUCUAAUUCGAAACAUGCGGAUAACAAAUACCUACAAUCGAAACGCCUAGUAGUUAUCUAAUCGUAUUUGUUCAUGUCACUCAUGUAUCACUAAUGUGCUGUGGAAGGUCAGUUUAAUUGCAACGGAUUUGGUUUUUGUAUACCUAUACCAAUGUGCUGCAUGUUUCGGGUAGGGAUAUUAUUUUGCAUUUGCAUUAUGUGGCCAUUAAUGGUAGAGAAUUGAUUACACAUCACGUUACCCAGAUGCGAAUUGGAACAAAUGAUGUUGAAGAGAAUUUGUUUUUUUUUUACAUUUAAAUUGCACAGCACUGUUGUUCUUUUCGCUUUUAGUAAACAUUGUUAAACAGUAAAUCGAAUUGUAGCAAUUAUUUAAUGCAAGUGAGCCAUCAUACAGUGUAUGCAGCAUGUUCAUAAAUGGCUUUGAAUUUUCCAUUUCGCCAAAAGUCACUUCUAAAUAGGGCGUGUUUAAGUUAUUCAAUGCUAUGCACACGUAACGAUGAACUGUAUGAAGUAAAAGUAAUCAUCGAUUUACUGCAAAUAAAUUAGAACUAUUUACUCUAUAAUAAAAACACACUUAAGAUAGUAUCGUUCGUGGGCAUUCGUACGGACACGUUCAGUGAAGUUAAAGAUUAUGUCUGGCGGGGAAAAAAAUAUAUUGUUAAUGUGCGAUAAUAAACUCCAUAGUAUGGUGAACUUCAUCUAAUUAACAAUUACUAGGCAAUGGAUACAAAUUAAUACGUUUAACCUUUAGCUAAACUGAUGGCAGAACGAUUUACAGUAUAUGCUCAAUCAAAAUUUUUAUUUUUCAUUUAUCUAAUAUUAUUUUUUUCUGCUGUACACCUUUCUACCAUUACUUUGAAUGUUGAAUUUCUCCCAAGAGAAAACCUAAAUUCUUUGGAGCUUAUCCAAUUUUUGAUAGCCUCAUAGUUGACUCGUUGACAAGUCCGUGGAAGGAAAUAGAUAAUAAUUUGAAGGUUUCAUGUCUUAUCUAGAAGGGUAUGAAAAAUGUGAUUAAAUAUCGUUUUUGGAUUGGUUAAGAGAUUUUACUUUUCUCUUCUCUGGUCAGCUGUUGUCUGGCUGUUUCAAUACCUUGGGCAGCUCAUAAUAGAAAAUUCGCAAUGAUUCCAUCAUAUGUACAGCAGCACUUUCUUAUAAAUACAAUUGUUUUGGAAUUAAAACGCUACAAAUCGCUUCGACAUAAAUUAAUUUUUUGUUCUAUAAUCUCUCUAGAAAACGAUCGCUUUUGUUGAAUAAUAAUUUCUUUAGUGCACACAUAAUGCAAUUGUCUUUCGGCAGUUCUGCAAGGACUGUAUAGUCAUAUCACAAGCAGAUAGUCCCGGCCACAACGUACGUUCUGUUCUGGUUUGUAACAAUCACUUUAGUAAACCAUCGUUAGUAUAUACCAUGUGUAUUGUAGCAUUGUUAUAUUGCCAUUUCACGUCAAGCGCGUCGUAAAGCAUCGAAUGAACAAAUCAUAUUUUUCACAUAGUUUACCAAAUAAGCGUUCAACACUAGACUAAUAUUACCUAGGAUCGGACGAAACAAAAUACAGAUAAUAACGUAAAGCACACACCCGUA